AUGAACGCGCAGGAGCUCAAGAACUUCCUUGCGGACUCGCCGCCAAGUACGGUAAAUCUUGUGAUCAAGAAGCACUUUGAUGCAUUGACAGACCAACAAGCCCGCUAUGCCCAUUACAUUUCUCGAGCUGCCUUCACAGGAACCCGCAUUACACUCAGACAAGUUUCCCCAGAGUCUGAGGAUAUUUACGACUUUAUAAUCGAGCUCUAUAAAGCUUGUAAUGGGGAUUGGAAAAGUCUUCAGGAAAAGGCUGGGGUUACUACCGAAGACUUGCAAUACUUCCUCGAAUAUGCGGGCCAGUUUCUAGGGAAUUGUGGAAACUACAAAGGCUUCGGAGAUGCCAAGUUUGUUCCUCGAUGUACGGAGAAGGCCUUUCAAGCUCUGGCUGCGACGUCCCCGAAAGCAGAAGCGCACUACAAGGCAACGAAGGGAGCCAUUUUCUCAAGUGACAAUUCUGGCAUCAUGCAUCUGGGCUAUCUGGACGAGGGCCAUAUGACCACCUACUAUCCGAAUUCGAAGGGUAUCACCAAAGCAGAUAUUAGUGAAGUGUCUGACUUUUUGGAGAAGAAGGGCCUUCUUGUGGAAAACACCAGACUAAGGAAAGAUGCCGACGGGAACUUCGACUUGUUGAUUGCCUCAGCAGUAACGAAUGUCCCAGCUUCAGGUGGGGACAUUGGCAAGGAGACAAUCUUCGACAUCAACACCGGCUCAUUGAAAGGCCGUAAGUUGAAGCUUGUCUUUGGAGACCAUGCGAAGGAAAUGGCUCUCAUUGCCGACUAUCACAAGAAAGCGGCCGAAAAUGCUGCCAACGAGAAUCAAAAGAACAUGCAACUUGCUUAUGCGAAGUCUUUUGAAGAAGGAUCUCUCGAAGCCUUCAAGAAUGCUCAACGAUUUUGGAUCAGAGAUAAAGGUCCCAUGGUUGAGUCGAAUAUUGGUUUCGUUGAGACGUAUAGAGAUCCUCAUGGUGUUCGAGGCGAGUGGGAAGGCUUCGCUGCAACCGUGAAUCUGGAGCGGACUAGAGCUUUCGGAUCCUUGGUCGAUGCUGCUGAGUCAAUGAUUCCAAAGCUUCCGUGGUCGAAAGAGUUUGAGAAGGACAAAUUUCUGAGCCCUGAUUUCACUAGUCUAGAAGUUCUUUCCUUUGCAGGCUCUGGAAUUCCUGCUGGUAUAAACAUUCCCAACUACGAUGACAUUCGCCAAUCCGAGGGCUUCAAGAAUGUCUCGCUUGGAAACGUCUUAAGCGCCAAGGCUCCGAAUGAGAAGAUUCCAUUCAUUGCAGAAGCCGAUCUGGAAAUCUAUCAAAAGUAUCGCGAUGCUGCAUUCGAAGUUCAAGUCGGCAUUCAUGAAUUGCUUGGUCACGGUACCGGCAAGUUGCUGCAGGAGACUGAGCCUGGCAAGUUCAACUUCAACCCGGAAUCACCACCCAUCAGUCCAGUUACAAACAAACCAGUGACCACCUACUAUAAGCCGGGUCAAACUUGGGGUUCGGUUUUCGGAAGUGUCGCAUCAAGCUAUGAGGAGUGCCGUGCAGAGUGCGUUGCGAUGGCGCUGAGCUGUGACUUUGAGAUCUUGAAGAUCUUUGGAUUUGGUGAUGGCAGUGCCAACAUGGACGGCGAAAGUGGUGACAUUUUGUACGCGGCUUAUUUAUCCAUGGCUCGUGCCGGUGUGGCUUCUCUCGAAAUGUGGGACCCAAAAUCCAGGAAAUGGGGCCAGGCACACUCUCAAGCUCGGUUCAGCAUCUUGAAGUGCUUUCUUGAUGCACCAGAUGAUUUCUGCAAGCUGGACUACAAGAAUGACGAUUUUUCUGAUCUCACUAUCAAGCUUGAUCGAAGCAAGAUCACUACCGUGGGACGAAAGGCUGUCGAGUCUUACCUCCAAAAACUCCACAUCUACAAGUCAACGGCAGACCUUGAGGCUGGAACGAAGCUCUAUGCUGAGAUGACAGGCGUUGAACCAAAGUUCUGGGGAGAGACGAUCAGAAAUGAAGUCUUACGCAACAAACAACCUAGAAAGGUAUUCAUUCAAGCAAACACAUUUUUGGAUGAAUCAAGUGGAAAGGUGUCUUUGGUGGAAUACGAUCCAUCGUUGGAAGGCAUGGUAAAAAGCUAUGCUGAAAGAAAUGUCUGA